AUGCCCACAGAAACUCUCACCUACGGCACCGACCACUCCCUCCAAACCGUCACCGUAACCACCUUCUCCCACUCCUCCCCGACAGGCUACUGGCUCGUCCUCAUCCACGGCGGCGCCUGGCGCGACCCAACCCAAACAGCAACCAACUACCUCGCCCCGGUAUCCACCCUCCUAACCCCCAAGAUAACCAGCAACACCACGCCCCUCCCAAUAGCCGGCCUCGCCUCGAUCUCCUACCGACUCGGCGCGCACCCCUCGCACCCACAGGACGCUUCAUCCACGGCCGUCCACGAUCUCCGCACUGCUAAACACCCGGACCACAUCCACGACGUGCAGGCCGCGCUUGCCUUCCUGCAGAGCAGGUAUGCCUUUGGCGAUCGCUACCUGCUCGUCGGACACAGCUGCGGCGCGAUGCUCGCAUUUCAGGCGGUGAUGGGGCGGUUCCGUCGCGGGAUGGAUGCUGCGGCUGUGCCGCGGGGGAUUCUCGGUAUGGCCGGGAUCUAUGAUCUACGGCUUAUUCGGGACAUGCAUAAGGAUGUUGCGGCGUAUGAGGAGAUUGUGGUGGGGGCGUUUGGGGGUGAGGAGAGUGCUUGGGAUGCGGCGUCACCGGCUGUGGUGGAGGGCGCGGAUGGGGUUGAGGGUGGGUGGGGAGGAGCACCGCGGUUGGCGGUGUUGGCGCAUUCGUCCGAGGAUGGGCUUGUAGACCUUGAGCAGAGGGACGCGAUGCGCAAUGCGUUGCGUCGGUGGGAGGCAGCUUCUCCAGGGAGGGCUGUGGAGCAGUUAGACCUGACGGGGCGGCAUGAUGAGGCGUGGGAGAAGGGGGAUGAACUGGCUCGCGGGAUUGUCUUCGCGCUCGAAAAGUUGCGGGCGAUGGAGUCGGCGUAG